UGGUUUUAAGGAAAAUACAACUUUGAGGGAAAAUAAGUUGUCACAGAUUUGGGAUGUAGCAGGAGGACUGGAUGCUAGUAAAUCGUAUAUAGUACAUGGUUUGCUGGCUGAAUCUGUUAUUGAUGUCAACGGCAAGAGCACACGAUAUCUCAUGAAUCCCGUGCUACACAGAUUAUCCAUUAAAAAAGCAGAGGAGGAGAUAGGUUUUGAGAUCCUUAGAAACAAUGGAAAUGAUCGACUCCUUGGAAAUCUGUGUCACCGUGUUAUCAUUUGUAGCAGAGACAAUUUCAGCUACUCAACGAAUCAAGAUAAAUAUCUUGUUUCUCUCUUCUUCCAUGGAGGUGGUUAUUUCAAUGCUAGUCCAUCUUAUUGGAAAGGCUUUGAAAAACUUAAGAUACUUGACUUGGAAGAUUUUGGAUUGAAGAUUUUACCUGAAACGAUUGGCACAUUGACGAAAUUAAGAUACUUGGGAUUGAGAAAUAAUUACAUAAAAGAGCUCCCAAAAUCGCUUGGGUGCUUGGAAAAGCUUGAAGUUCUUGACAUAGCUCAAAACUUUAUGGUAGAAGUACCAGAUAUUAUAUGGGAAAUGGGUAGCCUUCUUCAUCUCUAUAUGGCUGAUGUCAUUUGCUGGAAGCCUCUCAAGAUAGAUGUGCUACCACAUCUGAGGACCUUAACCUCGGUCUCGGUUGAUAAUCUGAUAUAUGAGCUCUCGGGCUUGAGAGUGUUGGUUUUCCUAAAGAAAUUGGGUGUACAAGAAUUGGAUGGAAAUACCCAUGUAAGCAAGCUCUUUGUGUCAUUGUCCAACUUGAAAUAUCUUGACCACUUAAUCUUAAGAGGAUACCGUUUUAGAAGCAUGCCUUGUUUGGAUGAUCUUGGUACUCUACAACGUGUCAGUACAAUCAAAUUGGAUGGACGUCUUGAUAGAUUGCCAAAUAGUUUCCCUUCCAAGCUAAUGUCCCUGACGUUGGCUAAUAGCUGUCUUGAUGAAGAUCCCAUGCCACUACUUGGGAAGCUACAUAAUUUAGAGUACCUCAAAUUGCGGAAUGCAUACACAGGUCAACAAAUGGGGAUCUCUAAAAAUGAUUUUCCAUAUAUUCAAGUUUUGUGCAUUGAAGAGUUAUGGAACCUGAGGCAUCUACAAAUUAAAAAAGGUGCACUACGUGAUCUGGAGAAAUUAGAAAUCCGUGAUUGUCCAUAUCUAGACACCAUCCCCAAAGAGGUUCGAGCAAUGCGUGAUCUGGAUGACUUAAAGAUGGUGACAACCAAAACUAUUUCAAAAAACAUCAGGAGUUCACACUCAAUCUCCAAAAUAAGGUUCUGGUUCCGGAUUGACUGUGAUUGAUAACUUGGGCCAAAUGAGCGAUUCUCUAGGUUAUGACAACACCCAUGUUUUUGUCUCUAUGAUCAGCAUCUUUAACUUUCUAGGCCGUAUUGGUGGUGGCUACAUCUCUUGACAUCCUUGACCCUGUCGAAGCUUUGUGUGGUUGCUGUCAUCUUGAGCUUGAUUCUUGUCCAUCGAACAAAGCCUGUAUACCGUAACCUCUAUGGUAGUUCUCAGAGGUAAGGUGAACUAGUCGGAAGGUUUUUUUUUUGCGAGUUGGCAGUAUGUCUGUGUGCAGUUUGUUGCAAUGUUAUCUCAUUUUGGUUGUUUGUAUCAUUUCUUCCUUAAGCAAAGCUAGCAGCAAAAUUUGGGUGGUGGAAACUGGAAAAGCAUUAAUUAUGGUGAAUUCUUUGAUUACAGGCUCACGUUAUUUGAGUGAGUAUAAGUACGAUGUUUGUGAUUGAUUGUAUUUGGUAAUAAUGUCCUCGUUUUCUUUGGCAAGAUUUUAAUGACCA